CCUGCUUUAUAUUCAUUCCCAUGCAUCCCAUAUUCCUGUCCCUGUCCCCCCACAUCCUAUCCUCACUUCCACGGCGUGUUCCCUCUUGACCUUCAAUUGGCGUUUUUUGUAUAUAUAUUGUACUACUAAGGAGCAUGUCUUCUCCGUGCGCACCUCGCACCACGGCCCAAGAGCCCACCCCAGACCUGUUCUCAUCAUCGCCUCCCGCGCCCGCAGCGACGACGGGCAGCAGAAAGCCCAAGCGGCCGCCGCCCAUCACACCCAAACGCUUCACGCGCUUUUUCACCCCGCGAAACUCGAAAAAUGUCUCUUCACACACGUCGCUCUCCGCCUCGGGCCGCCAAUUGCAGGACAUCACACGAGCCGCCAUCAAUCGCAAUGCCACACAGCGAAGCACGCCCAGGAAGACGGUGAACUUUGUCGACAUUGAGAAUCAGAUGCAGACGCCGCAAUCAAGCUCGCGCAAGAGGAAGAACGCCUACUUGUCGCCAGAGACCUCCCCCGCCCAGUCAUCGCCCUCGAAGCGUUCACGAUACGUCACUCCUCCACCUUUCGAGAUACUCGACGACCUGGCUGCAGUCGAGGAACCUCCCGUAUUUCCUGUGCCCAUUCGAAGAUUAAGGACUCUGGGGGCUGCGUCGAGAACGCUGCAGCGGUCAUUUGGUGGCAUCUUGAGUGUGGGGAGGGGUUUCAAGAGUGACCACUGCACUUCAUGGCAGGGUCAGACAGCCGACUUCUACAGCAGUUCAGACGAUCUGAACCAACUACCACAGGGCGCACCGCCGUUCACCACAGCCAGCUGUAACACCAACUCCCUCAUCGCAGUAGGGGACGAAGACGGAUAUAUCCACCUCCUAGACUCCGACGGCGACUUCUCCCGGGCUCACGUGUCAUGGAGAGCUCACUCAAAUGCUGUCAUGGACUUGCAAUUCUCAUCCGACGAUACAUAUCUUGCUGCAGGUUCGGGCGAUCAGACUGCGCAAAUAGUCGACGUUCGAACCCAAAAGACUCUCGCUGUUCUCGCAAAGCACAAGUCUUCCGUAAAGCAAGUACGCUUUCAGCCUGGCGACGACAAAAUUGUAGCAACAUCGAGUCGAGAUGGCGCCGUGCAGAUCUGGGACUUGCGGUGCAAAGGAGGCCACAUGUCUGUACAUUCGGCUUGGGGAUCAGAUGCGCCAUAUGCCAGCGUUAUUCGCACACUAGCAUCAGCACACGCAGACAGUACCCCAACUACGAGCUCGGGGUCGUCUACUUCUCUUAAUAAGACAGCUUCAAGCGCUAAAUCAGAGAGCGUCAGCCGUCGUAACGAUAUCUCCGUCACGGCGCUCUCCUUUCUACCCGAGGGCCGGCAACAUCUACUCCUGACAGCUUCAGACGCAUCAACAUGCGUCAAGUUGUGGGAUAUAAGGGGCCGAUACUCACUACGUGGUCCCGCAAUACCGAUCUCGACCACAUCACACCCGGAAUCACAUAACCGCCACCGACACUUUGCUAUCAACUCGCUUACUCUCAACGGCGAUGCAUCACGUCUUUAUGCCCUUAGCAAAGACAACACAGUUUAUGCCUAUUCUACCAGUCAUCUUAUCCUUGGAGUGGCACCAGAGCUCUCUACAACAUCAUCAUCCAAGCAGAAAUACUGCCAAGUAGGCCAAGAAGGUUUAGGACCCCUAUAUGGCUUUCGACACCAAAACUUCCAUGCAGGCUCGUUCUACGUAAAAGCCUCAUUGCGCAAAGCAUCUCAAGAUAAGCCAGAGCUACUAGCUGUUGGAAGUACGGAUGGAUGCCCCGUACUAUUCCCCACGGACGAGAGGUUCCUUCGCCGGGAAUCUAGGCAUCAAGAGGAUGAUGCAGACGAACUUCCCGGCCUCAACGUUACUACACGCAGUUCUUCGUCUAGACUCUCGCUAUCGCGCUCUUCUACGAACAGUCGUUGCCCUGAUACUAUCCCGAUCUAUGAGCACGGUACGCCACUCAUUCGAGGCCACGAUGCUGAAGUCACGAGCGUGAGCUGGGCAAGGAACGGUAGUCUGAUCAGCGUGAGCGACGACUUCCGUGUUCGGCGGUGGAAGGAGGGGAGCAUGGCGAGGGAGUUGAGGAUAGGUGGAGAAAGUGAGGGGAAGAGAUGGCAGUGUGGGUGGGCUGAUGCUAGAGAGGGAUACGAUGACGAAGAGUAAAGGAGGGAGGAGAGAAGAUGUUUGUUCAUUAUACCCCCAUUUUUCUUAUUGGAUAGCGAUGAGAUUACGAAACGAUUUAUUUUUGCUUGAACCUUCCUAUGCGCAUCAGCAGCGUGCAAAAUCAAACAACCCGG